AUGGGCACCGGCAGUACAAGCACUUAUGAUGUGACAUCGUAUGGUGCAAAGGGUGAUGGAGAGACGGAUGACUCCAAUGACUCACCAUCGCUGGACUUGGAAAAUUUGAUGGCCAAGGUUCCAUCUGGUGGCCGAGAGUUGAUGGGUCCAGUCUGCAAUUGCCCAUCGAUGUUACGCUUUCAUGCUUGUAACGGGCUUCGUCUGAGAGGUACAAAACACAUAAACAGCCCAAACAGCCAUAUUCACAUCAAUGGUUGUCAAGAUGUACAAAUCGGACAUCUUCGAAUUUCAGCACCUGCAAAUAGCCCGAAUACUGAUGGAAUCGACAUCAGUUCCUCAUCACAUGUUAUCAUCCAUGACUCUACGAUUCAAACCGGUGAUGACUGUGUGGCUAUUAAUGGUGGCACUUACGAUAUCAAUGUAAGAACCUGGUCAUGGCAUAAGCCAACGGCAGGAGCAGUACAUGUGAGUAAUGUAACGUAUACAAAUAUAUACGGGUCUUCGGCAACGAAGCAAGCAAUUACUUUUGAUUGUAGCGAGAUGGUUAAGUGUACUGGGAUCCGAACCAACAGAGUCCACAUCACUGGAGAAGAAGUUGUUACUUACUGCGCUAAUGCUAAAGGAAAUUUUAUUAAAACCACCCCUCAUAUUACUUGCAAUUAA